ACGCAACAAGCUAGCAUUGGUCGAACCGUAUAUAAAGUGACGUGUCUCGAGCAUCACGCGUUCGGGAAUUCAGCGUAGAAUAACCGUAGUUGUUUAGCGCGUUAUCUGCGUUACUAACGAACGUAAUAUCGCGUAAGAUAUCGUAUCAUUGUUUCGUCCCGUUGACAAAUUUCUCUCAAUUUCCCACGAAAAUGUCUUUCAUAUCGCCUAUGCCGAGCCAGCAAUUUCUUUGGGAUGUCUUUCAAAGAGUGGAUAAGGACAGAUCCGGUGCUAUUUCUGCAGAAGAGUUACAACAGGCUUUGUCGAAUGGUACAUGGACACCAUUCAAUCCUGAAACUGUUCGUUUAAUGAUUGGUAUGUUUGAUAAAACCGAUCCUGCUACAGGUAUGUUUGAUAAAAAGCAAUCAGGCACCGUCAGUUUCGAAGAGUUCGGAGCAUUGUGGAAAUAUGUAACUGACUGGGAGAAUUGUUUUCGAUCGUUCGAUCGCGACAACAGUGGUAACAUCGAUCGCAAUGAACUAAAGACGGCUCUCACAAAUUUCGGAUAUCGAUUAAGUGAUCAUAUAAUUGACAUGCUUAUACGAAAAUAUGAUCGUGCAGGGCGUGGCACAAUAUACUUUGAUGAUUUUAUACAAUGCUGUGUUGUCCUAUAUACUCUUACAAGCGCCUUCAGACGAUUGGAUACAGAUCUGGAUGGUGUCAUAACAAUUCAUUACGAACAAUUUCUGGGGAUGGUAUUUAAUCUUAAGAUAUAAGUUACACAAUGUCAUUUUGCAAGAAUUUUUUUCUCUCUUGCCUUUGGCAGUUUAUUUAAUAAGAAUACACUAAGAUGCCAAAUAAAGAUACAAGAAUUUUAAAAUCUAUUGUGUAAAACAAAUCGGAAUCUCCAAAA